UUUCAAACAGACCCCCGUAAAAGCCACAAUUUUAUGAAGGACAAAUAUGACGCUGUAUAUUUUGCAGUGCGAGCAAACGGCAGAGUUUUUCUCUCGACCAGACUCUUCCUCUCUUUGAAAUUGUUCUUCGAAUUGUUUCCGGAACGUCGUUUAUCAAACAGUUUUGGGAUCAAAUCAUAGGUUUUGUGGAACUGAAUUGGUGUGUUGGUUUGGUGUCGAAAUUUUGUUAAAAAUGAGUGUGGUGGGGUUUGAUGUUGGAAAUGAGAAUUGUGUAAUUGCGGUGGUGAAGCAACGGGGAGUUGAUGUUUUGUUGAAUGAUGAGUCGAAACGUGAAACCCCAGCUGUGGUUUGUUUUGGUGAGAAGCAGAGGUUUCUGGGGUCUGCAGGUGCUGCUUCUGCAAUGAUGAACCCGAAAUCUACUGUGUCUCAAGUGAAGAGACUGAUUGGUAGAAAAUUUACUGAGCCUGAUGUUCAAAGUGACCUUCGAAUUUUGCCCUUUGAAACUUCUGAAGCCCCAGAUGGUGGCAUUUUGAUUCAUUUGAAGUACUUGGGUGCGACUCAUACAUUUACGCCGGUUCAAGUUACAGCAAUGCUUUUUGCACAUUUGAAAGAUCUAAUAGAGAAGAAUCAGGAAAUGCCCAUUUCAGAUUGUGUGAUUAGUAUUCCGUCGUACUUUACAGACUUGCAAAGACAUGCGUAUUUGGAUGCUGCCACAGUUGCUGGGUUGAAGCCUUUGAGAUUGAUGCAUGAUUGUACUGCAACUGCUCUUAGUUAUGGGAUUUACAAAACAGAUUUCUCAACUUCCGGUCCAACUUAUGUGGCAUUUGUUGACAUUGGUCACUGUGAUACACAGGUCUCUAUUGCAUCAUUUGAGGCUGGGCAAAUGAAGAUCCUAUCUCAUACUUUUGACAGAAGCUUGGGAGGGAGAGACUUCGAUGAGGUCUUGUUUAAGCAUUUUGCUGCACAGUUCAAGGAGCAGUACAGAAUUGAUGUAUACUCUAAUGUCAAGGCAAGUAUCAGGCUACGGGCAGCAUGUGAGAAGCUGAAGAAAGUUUUGAGUGCGAAUGCUGAGGCACCUCUUAAUAUUGAGUGCUUAAUGGAUGAGAAAGAUGUAAAGGGUUUCAUUAACAGGGAAGACUUUGAGAUGCUGGCUUCAGGUUUAUUGGAUAGGAUUGGUGUUCCUUGUAGCAAAGCUCUAGCUGAUGCAGGUUUGACUGCUGAUAAGAUUCAUUCUGUGGAGCUUGUCGGGUCAGGGUCUAGGAUCCCAGCGGUUGCUAGAAUAUUAGCUUCUGUGUUCAGGAAUGAACCCCGCCGGACACUGAAUGCAAGUGAGUGUGUAGCACGUGGAUGUGCUCUUCAAUGUGCAAUGCUGAGUCCUGUUUUUCGAGUCAGAGAAUAUGAGGUUCAAGAUUCAAUUCCUUUCUCUAUAGCAUUCUUAAUAGAUGAGGCUCCAAUUUGCACAGGGACAAAUGGCAUCCUGUUUCCAAAAGGGCAACCCAUUCCAAGUGUUAAAGUACUGACGUUUCAACGAAGCAGUUUAUUUCAUUUGAAAGCAUUCUACGCUAAUCCCACUGAAGUCCCUGCCGGUGUAUCUUCUGAUAUUUGUUGUUUUACGAUUGGCCCUUUCCAAUGCUCCCAUAGCGAAAAAACAAGGGUUAAAGUUAAAGUUGUUUUAAACCUCCACGGUGUUGUCUCUGUUGAAUCAGCUAUGGUGAUGGAAGAACAUGGAGAUGACUCUUCCACAAGGGGUCUUACCAAUUCAAAAAUGGAUCCAAUGGACACUGAUUAUGUAACUGCUUCUGGUUCUACUGAGGCUGUUGCAGAUGGAUUUGAAAAAAGUACUAUGCAGCACAACUCUUCACAUACUAGUGGUGAUCCUCGAAGAAACAAUAAAGCUAGCAGGAGGCUAGAGAUACCUGUUAGUGAAAGUAUAUACGGUGGAAUGACAAGGGCUGAACUUUCCGAAGCUCUAGACAAAGAGCUCCAAUUAGCUCAACAGGACAGAAUUAUGGAACAAACCAAAGACAAAAAGAAUGCAUUGGAGUCUUACGUCUAUGAGAUGCGGAAUAAGCUCUUCAACACAUAUCGAAGCUUCGCAAGUGAUCAAGAGAGGGAGGGCAUUUCCAGGAGCCUACAGCAGACAGAGGAAUGGCUUUAUGAUGAUGGAGAAGAUGAAACAGAAAAUGCUUACACUUCAAAGCUGGAAGAUCUUAAGAAGCUGGUAGAUCCAAUUGAGAACCGAUAUAAGGAUGAGGAAGCAAGAAUGCAAGCUACAAGGGAUCUAUUAAAGUGCAUUGGGGAUUACCGGAUGGCUGUGAAUUCACUUCCACCCAUGGAUAAAGAAUCGGUUGUUAAUGAGUGCUAUAAAGUGGAGCAGUGGCUUAGGGAAAAAACCCAACAACAAGACUCGUUGCCAAAGAAUGUUGACCCAGUCUUAUGGUCAAGUGAUAUAAAGAGCAGGAAUGAGGAAUUGAACUCGAUGUGCAAACACAUAUUCAGAUCCAGGGCUCCUAAAUGAGAGGAGCACAAGGGAUCGAACCAGCAGAACACUUCUGAUCACAAAUGACUGCAACGAUGCAGGAUGCAUGCAAAGUUUAAAGGCUUAGUUUCUUGUUUGUUCUGACAACUGUAUAUCUUUUGUAGUCACGUUUUACGCCGUUGAAUAGAUGGGCAGCAGGUAGCUACACAAGAACAUGUUAGUCAAUAAUGGACCAAGUUUUUUGCUUGUCCUUCCACCGAAGACCUAUGUCAUCGACUUGAGCAAACUGAUGAGGUCUCAAAAGUGAUACGGAGCAUAGGUGCUGAAGCGUGCGAAGGAGUCAUUGGAACAUUUUGUUGCAAACAUAAUCAUCUGACCGUGUUGGAUAGUGAAUUUUGUUUUCGAGCAUAAAAUGUUGUAUAAGAGGUUGUCGUCGGGGACUCUUCCUUUUUCGUUUCUGUUUGUGGGAAAGACAGUGUUCCGAAAGCGAGAACCGAAAAUGAUCUCCCUUGUACCGGAUGAAUUGUUUUUGUAUGUGGUUUUGUUAUGUGGCAAAUAAAUUACUUUGUACCUC